GGAGAGAGAUGCGUGCCGAGUCGUCGGCGGUCUCAUUGCCGAAGCAGCCGAACUAUCGUAUGCAGCACACGCAAAAUAGAGAUUUCAGAGAGAGGAGGAGGAGAGCGAGCGUCGGCCUGAGCCAUUUCUCGGGGACCCAAUUCGUUGGCGCGGCGAGGGAGGAGGAGAAGGACGAGGAGAUGCCUGCUCAGAAGCGCGCUUCGGACGAGGACGACUCUUCUCCUGGGUCUCCUGCCGUCAAAGAAGAAGAAGAAGAAGAUGAUGAAGGUGACGAAGGAGAAGCGGAAGGAGGAGAAGGGGCGGGAGGAGGAGGAGGAGGAGGAGGAGGAGGAGGAGAAGCUGAGGUGGUGGCGGAGGAAGAAGCGGAAGAGAAGGAAGCAGAACGCCACGAUUCGGAGGGCAGCCCUUCGUCCAGCAGCGGCGAGAAAGAUGAAUUUGUCCUUGUAAAGUUGUCAGACAUACGGAAGGAGGUACAGUGCCCCAUCUGUCUAGGGAUCAUAAGGAAGACAAGAACUGUGAUGGAGUGCCUGCAUCGCUUUUGCAGGGAAUGCAUUGACAAAUCAAUGAGACUUGGGAAUAAUGAGUGUCCUGCCUGUCGUACACACUGUGCAAGCCGUCGUUCUUUGAGAGAUGAUCCAAACUAUGAUGCUCUAAUAGCAGCCAUAUACCCAGAUAUUGAUAAAUAUGAGGAAGAGGAGCUGGCCUUUCAUGAAGAGGAAAAGACCCGAAAUAAGCAGAUUCAAGCAUCUAUUGCUCAGACGCUUCGUCGACAAUCAGAGGCACUUGCUAGAAGGCGCAACACAGCAAAAGCAACAGCUGCAGCCUUUGCAAGAAAAGCUCAUGGAAAUUAUCGGAGUGGCCAUGGACAAAACAGCUACUUGAGAGGAAAGGGUAAGAAUAACCAUGAAACUGGGAAUACAGCAGCCUCUGAUGAUGAGGAUGAGGAUGAUGCAAAUGGCAAUGAGGGUGCCAAAGAUUCAUCUUCUGCAGAUGACCCUUCUCCUGAUUUCAGGCAGAAAAGGAUUAAACGAUGGACUGGACAGUCUCGUUCUUCACCUAUGAGAACUUCUAUGAAUGCAGAUGCUGCAUGUGAUGAAAAUGAUGAAUUGGAAGUUAGUAGAGAAAGCACUGGUGCUUCUCCAGGGUUAGGUGGGAAUCCUGAAGUUCUUGUUUGGGGAGGGGGAGGUAUCAGAAGCCAUACAAGAUAUGGUAGUGUGAGUGGAUCAAAUGGUAAGUUUUCUAGAUGCAGCCGCAUGUCAAAGCUUAUGGAUUACCUUGUGAGUAGAAGUUCAGAGGAAAAUGAUGAUGGGUUUGAUAUACAUUUCUUACUCAUAUCCUGGAAUGAAGAGUGUGUUCCCAAUUUGCAACAGCCAUAUCUAUGUUGUCGACCAACCUUGUCUGUGAACCAUCUGUGCCAGUUCAUUGCUCUCCAGUUACCUGUUCAAGCUGAAGAUCUGGAGAUAAUGGUUGAUAAAUCUGGAAGUAAGGUCAUCAAUCAGUUGGGACCAGGGCUUGAUCUAUCAACACCAACUAAUCAGCACUUCAACCCCAAAUUUGACUUUUCGGGGGAGAAGCUGGAAACUUUGGGAAGUCAAGAAACUCUAGCAGGAAUCUACACUAAUUAUGCUAGUAGUCAGGGUGACAUGGUAUUGGUAUAUCGGCAGAAAUCAUCAGCUCUUGAUGGAAGACCAUGAUUGUGUUAGUUUUCCCUUUCAGCAAGUGUCCUUGGUAGUCGUAUUUGUACAUAGCCUUCAAAAGAAGGAUAUCUGAUGCCGCCCUCCAGUUGCUGACUGCUGUAAAAAGGUUAACACUGGAAGAACUCCAAACCAUGUAACUUUUGGCAAUGGUGGGCACCAUUAAUUAAAGCUAUAGUAUGUCUCAUGUUGGAUAAGCUUGCUUCAUAUGAGCUUUUUACCAGUUUUCCUGUUGUACUAAGGAAAUACACUAAAUGUGCAGGUUCAUGUACUUUGGUACUAUAUAAUUUUACUGGUAUGGAGUCCUUGAAUUGUUCAUGACUUCACAAGGAAAACAUGAAAGAUGGAGACUCUUGUAGUAAUUCUUUUGGAUUUUUACAUCAGCUUGAAUUAAGAAAAAAAGGUGCGUCAUA